CAAAGCCAUGAACCCUCCUCCCUGGGCAUGUGGGUGUGGGUGUGCUUGCCUCUUCGUGUGUGGUGUGACAUCACCACUCCCCUCCCUCCCUGUCCUGUAUAGAUUACAAGGGGACGCUCUGGAGGUCCGUCAUUCAGCAGCUGAGCAACUCUUCUACACCUCCAGCAGCAGCAGCAGCAACAGGUUUCACUGUAGUCGUCCAGCAGCAUCCAUCCGACCCCUCGUCCAGAGACCCCGAGACCCAGGGAUCCGUCAUGGCCGUCUCUGCGCUCCUCCGCCCCUGCUUCCUCCUCCUCUUCGCGGCCGGGAUACUACUGCUCUCCCUCUCCUCCGCACAGAGAAUCAGAGUGAGAAGACAGAACAUGAAGGUUCGGAUCAAUGCCACCGGCGACACCAUCGUUCUGAAGUUUCUUAAGCCAAACCCUGACACCAAGCUUGAAGGCUACAUCCUGGGCUAUGGUUCUAGCAUGUUCUCCAAGCAGUUCAUCCAGCUGCCAGAGAAUGGAGUACCCUACGAGACAGAGAUUGAUGCUGAACCCAAGUACCUGGUUGCCGUUCAGCCAAUUCCAACCAAUGAUGUGAAGAAGCAAUGCACAGGCAAGGUAAACCUGGACAAACCUCUUCAUCUGGUGAUCGGCUCGGUUACGCCCACCUCAGUGCUCCUGUCUUGGGGAACAUUACUGAAGACCCCUUAUGAGGGAAACAUCAUGAAUGACUGCCUUGAGGAUGGGCACUACACAAUCCGCUACAGAGAAAGGAACAGGAAGUGGAUCUAUCAGACCUGCCCCACCAGCGACACAGUCAUUGACAACCUAAAGCCCAACACAGCCUAUGAGUUUGGAGUCCGCCCCAACAAAGAUGACCGCAGCGGCAUGUGGAGCAAACCCAUCAUUCACAACACCAACAUGGGAGACAAAAGCAUGCAGAAACCUUACAAGCACAGCCGGACCCCCAAGCCUGUGAACCCGAUCCUGUCCGGACAUCGCGCCCUCUUUAACCCACGGCAUGCUCUGCUCAACGUGUCCAAGCAGUCCACGGACCUCCAUUCUCUGCACACAAACCCAGCCUUUCCUGGAGCUCCAAGAACUUCUUUUGCGCCUCCCCCGGUCCAGCAGGAAACUGCACUCACCCCCUCAUCCAAAGAGCCAAAAUGGCCUCAGCGCCCCUUGGAUUCAGACAGCCAUGCUAGAAAUGCCUCCUCUGAGCUGGGUGGGAUUUCUCCUGCCCUCCCCAAUCUCCCGUCUACCCAACCCCCUCGUGACACCACCACUACCACCGCUACCACUACUACCACUCAGUCCCCCUCCGGCGGUGACCCGAAGCGCGGCCUCUCCCAGACCAGGGCACCUAUUGCCACUCACAAGCCUCAUAGUUCUCCUGGUAAAACCUUUCUGAGACACCCAAGCUUGUCUGUUCCACCCAAACCCUUCGAUUCCAUUGUAGCAGUGAACGGCAGGAACCAGACGGCUGUGGGCAGAAACCCUUUCUCUCCCUUCUUUAACGGCAUGCGGCCUCCCUCUUUCCCCAGGGCCAACGACUCGUCCAGCAGAUUUGGGGUGAACGGAGAGCAUCACAAAGGAUUCUCUUACCCCAAACCAGUCAUGUGGUCCAGAACCAGAAUGGCUAAUAACUCCCUGUCUGAGGACGUAUCUCCAGUGGCUCACAGUGACACCGGACGCUCACGAGCUCCUGUUGUGGAGCAAUUCUAUGGCUCCCCCGCUCGGCCUCCUAUCUCCCCUAAUAAGAAGACCAACAUUGUGGGCAAACCUACUGGACUGGAUAAGACGAUUGACCUGAGGCAGGCCAUUCUGAAGCCAAAAGUGCCCCCUGUGUCUGCAAAGCCGACCAAACCCAAAACAACGUCUUCCCCACUGAACGCAACACGGUUUGAAACGUGGGAGAACUCCUCCGUCUUCAGCUCCAUUCCAGCAUCCAAAGUCGACGCCAUGGGCAAGGAACGCUUCAUUGCUCCUCACGUGGUGUACAAGACGGAUAAGAAACCGGACGAGCCAUGCUCAAUUACCACAUCUCUGAGCUAUUUCCCUGAGGAGGAGGCCAUGGAGACAAAUGUCACCGGUCCACCCCGCACCGCUCCAUCCAACCUCACUGUGGUGACUGUGGAAGGUUGUCCCUCCUUCAUUAUCCUCGACUGGGAGAAAACGGACAAUGAAACCACAGAGUACGAGGUCAUCUCCACAACGAAAGGCCCAGAUGGUGAAAAGGUGUCCAUCCUGACCACCAACCAAACCCACACGGCAGUGGAGAACCUCAAGCCUGAGAGCAGUUACGAAUUCAAGGUUAAGCCAAAGAAUGAGCUCGGGGAGGGACCACCCAGCGAACCAGUGUCCUUCAACACGGAGUCUGCGGAUCCCAGAGUGAGUGAGAACGUUUCAGGUAAAGAUGCUAUCUGGACACAGUUCCCUUUCAGGACGGAUUCGUACUCCGAGUGCAACGGCAAGCAGUACGUGAAGAGGACGUGGUACCGCAAGUUUGUCGGCAUUCAGCUCUGCAACUCACUCCGAUACAAGAUCUACCUGAGCGACUCACUCAAUGGUAAAUUCUACAACAUCGGGGACCAGACGGGUCACGGGGAGGACCACUGUCAGUUUGUGGACUCCUUCCUGGAUGGAAGAACUGGCACGCAACUGCCUGCAGACCAGCUCCCAGCCAGGACAGGUUUUUACAGAGCUGUGAGGCAAGAGCCAGUCCAUUUCGGCCAGAUAGGCGGCAACUCCCACAUCACUUACGUAGCGUGGUAUGAGUGUGGCACACCAAUCCCAGGCAAAUGGUAGAAACGCAAUUGGGUGUCAGUGCAGAAGCCUGAGGAGCAACUCUCAUUGGCUGGUGAAGGUCACAUGCUGUUUUUGUUUUUCACCAACGGCUUGGUGUCCUGUGAUACCUCAACUUCCAGCAACUUCAAGUCCAAACCUUGUAUUAUAAUGUACAGGAUUGAAGAGUCAGGGACUUUUAAUGAGUGCAUCUGUGUUAUGUAUUAUUAACGAACCGCUGUCUUAUUUAUCAUUACUAAGAAGUACAAGUUUAAAGAUGGAAAACUAGAACAAGAAACCACAAUGAGAAGUCUUUACUUCAGAUACAUUGAAGUUAAGAUUAGUAUAAAAAAAUAUGCUUUAAUAUUGGGAAGCUGGCUCCCAGAAAGUAUUUUGGUAUUUUGUGUAAUGUUAUUUAUCAGCGUUCAUGGUGACUUGUUUCUUGGCUUGCCAGUGAGUGAGAAGGGUUUGGGUUUUGAUUCAGCUCUUCAGCAAUAAUGGCUAGAUGGGUUCUCUCUAUUGUCAGAGACUACUGUGUAAACUUUACAGGUCUCUGGUAAGUCACGUACAGACUGAAACUCAUGUAUAACUAAACCUCUUUGCUUUAUUUUGUACUCAGCUGAAUCGAAGCGAGACCACAACAGUUGUUCGAGGUCACAACAACAUAGUAUGAAGACAUUUUCCAUUCAUUCAUCCAUGCAUUCAUGUCCUUGCUCACUCGGCCCACUCAUUUGCUCAUUAUAUUCAUCCGAAAGAAUGAAAGAAACCCUCAGAGGCCCUGUGCCACGUUUAGCGUCUUCCUUCGUAAGCCCUGCUAGGCCUGGUGGGACCUUACACUUGCAAUUUGCACAGCAUAAAUAUAUUUAUAUGUAUAUGGAGAGAAAGUAUUUUUUCAGUAAAUGUACGCAAGAAGAAAAAAGGUCUCUGUUUAUGCUCACGAACCACAGUUGACGGGGUUCGAGCCCACUGAAAGCAACAGGAACAGAUUUUUUGUUUUGUUCUGUUUUUUAUGGUUUCCAUUGUCUUUAGGGAAGCGUGUCUCCAAGUAUGUUUUGUACAGUCAUUCUCUGCCUUCUUCCCCCAGACAGAGGACAAUUAAUCAGUAUAUAUAUAUA